GGGCUGUCGUCCAGGCUUCAACUGUCGCGUGCGUAAGUGCGACCUCUUCAGUCUAAGUUCAAGUUUUGAUCCGAAAACUUAAGAUUUGUAAUUCAAUCCUAGAAUUUCAAGUGCUGCGGGCUCCGCAUAAAAACAAUAUGCAAUGCAUAUGAUAUCAAUAUUUCUAGUUAUUUGCAGUGCAAGUGUUGAUUGAUGUGAAACAGUGGUUGAAACUUAUCCGAUUAAUAAUCCAAUUAAUAUUGUGCGGUUACUUACACCAAAUUACUCAAAUUUUCAGGAAAACUAGGCGAAACGAGUCGAUACAAACGACUUGCUGAAAGAAAGGGAAGCGGGGGGACAAGUAAACGGAAAAUAAAGUGCCGGAAUGCUUAAAGCAGUGGCACGAAGUAAAGGGCGACUUCAUGCUCUUUCAUAACUACCCACAACGCAAGUACUGAUUUGCGAUCUCAAUCCAAAUUUAUUUGAAGUAUUUUCACCUGCGUCCAACGACACUGAAAACCAUUUCAUUGACAUUUUACGAAUCAUAUUUAUGCGAUUCAUUGUUAUAACUUGACUUCAGUCUUACUUGAAACCCCAGUUGGUUUUCCCCACGCACAAUCUAUAUGAUAAACCGAAUAGAAAUUAAUUGCAAAAGAGAUAUUAAACCUCGCCGGCAAUUUCAAAAGAAAUAACUCAGAAUGAAAGUGAAUACUUAUACAUUUGUUGGGAGCUGGUUAUCCACCAUGAUAAAAGCAGAGUUGUUUUCUAUUCUUGAUGGGGUUGGAAAACACAUGGAGAAAGCUACAUCAGAGUCCUGGCUCUUAUCGGAUAAUUUGAGAGUAGGAGACAACGAUCUAAGAAAAUCAGCACACUUUCGUCGCCGGCUCGGAGUGCUGGGCCAGGAAAGGAGUAAUUUGCUUAGUGCAUCAUUUACAAGUGAUGCUUUUAUAGACAUAGAUCAUUAUAUGAAAAACAUGUUGCGGAAAUCCAUGGAAUCACUAGUGAACUGGGACGAAAAAGUCGGAUGGACCGAUUGGAAAACAGAGUCAGACAAGAAUUCAAAAGGGCAAAGAGGGCAUUUCCAAGAGCAGAAAAUAAAAAAAGAACUGAUUUUCUUCGUUCUUUUGAUAAUUUUGAAAACGCUGGGCGUACUUGUCACGAAAAUCAAGAUGGCUAUUGGCAUCAUGUUCCUGAAACUUCUAAUUGGAAAACUGAUAUUACUCUUCAUUCAUCUCAAAGGUUCCAAACACCACCAUGGACCACUGAUCAAGGCUUACCAAUCAACGACAAACGAAUUUCAUAGCUACUUGGGACCUAAAUACAAAUCUGAUAGUUUCGAUGCGGAUGGCCCAAUUUUCCCAUCACCUCCAAAUUUCCACGUUCAUUCCAGGAAAUGAUAAGAGUUAAAACUGAUGAGUCUAGGUUUUUCAUGCAACCAAGUUUCUGGAAGAGAUUUCCAUACUCUAUUUAUAUCUGUUUUCAUAUAAGUGAGAAAAAGUUGACCACAAAUAAGCAUAUCAUUAAAAAUAUAUUAUUUUACGUUA